AUGGUAUUUGAUGAUAAAUCCUUGCAAAAAGAGCUACGCGACCAGGUCGCCGCGAUCUUCAAGUCAGGCAAAAUGGAUGAUCUAACCGUAAAAAGAGUACGGCUUGCCACAGAGAAAAAGCUCGGACUGGACGAGGGAUAUUUCAAGACUACUGGAGAUUGGAAAGCAAGAAGUGACAAGAUUAUCAAGGAGGAAGUGGCCAUUCAGGAUGAAGCGAAAGACAAGAUGUCUAUCAGAAGUUCAUCGCCCCCACAUCUCAAGAAGGCAAUUCGAUCCAAAAAAUCCAGAGCCGCAUCCGAAUCCAAACAAAGCUCCGUUUCGAACAGUGAGCUAUCAGAAAAUGAUUUUGUUGAAAGUGAGGAAGAGGUCACAAAGCCGAAAAAGCGCGAAUUGGUACCAGCUAAGAAGGGUUCUAAGUCGAAACCUGUCAAACAAGACUCAAUCGAUGCUUCAGAUACCCCCGAAGAAUCUAACGGAGAGUUCGACGGAGAAGCAGAUUACGAUGGAGGCGAACCAAAUUCAAACAAGCAUGCCAUGUCCGAAAGUGAAAUGUCUGAUGUUUUGGAUGAAGAGCCGAAGCCCACACGCAAGCGCCAGACUUCCGCAGACACCCUUAAGAAAGAAAAGAAGAAUGAUGUGGAUGAAUCCGAGAGUGACAUGUCCGUUGUCUUGGACGAGGAGCCGAAGCCCCAACGCAAGCGCCAAAAGACUUCAGAUGCCAAGAAAGAAAAAAAGAAGGCGGCUCCGAAGGCCAAAGAAGACACUGAUCCAGACCAGGCCGAGAUCAAACGUUUACAGGGUUGGCUGGUCAAGUGCGGCAUUCGCAAGAUGUGGUUCCGGGAAUUGGCACCGUACGAGACACCAAAGGAGAAGAUUAAGCACCUCAAGGGCAUGCUAGAGGAUGCUGGCAUGAAAGGCCGUUAUUCUCUGGAGAGGGCCAAUGAGAUUCGGGACGCACGUGAGCUCGCGGCCGAUCUGGAGCAGAUCCAACAAGGUGCGAAGCAAUGGGGCAACGAGGAAGAACAAGGUGCAAGCGAUAGCCCAGCUCCACGUCGUGCGGCUGCUGCCAGGGGACGUCAACGUCAGGCACUUGCAUUUUUGGAUGACGAAGAUGAGGGCGAGGAAAGCGACUGA